UGUGGGGUGCAAGUCUGGUCGGGGAGGAAUGAGGGUGAUUGAGCUCGCUAUGGGGGGGGUGUGCCUGGAGAUGGGAGUAGGUUCAGAGGCUCCUAUGGGGUGUGUGAGCCUGACGGUGGCCCUAAGGGGGUGGGUGCAUGCCUGGAGAUGGCAAUAUGGGGUUGAAGCCUAUGCGGGGGAGGGUUGCACGCCCGGAGACAGGUGGUGGGGUCUGAGCCCCCUAUGGGGGUGCCUGGAGAUGGGGGAGCCUUGAAAGGGAGGUUUCUGGGACCCUUGCUGUGGGAUGUUGAACCCCUAUAGUGAGGGGCCUAAAGACAGGGGGAGCCCUCCCCCUGUGGCAAGAGAGAGUUCCCUCAUAACAUGGACGCUGGAGGUAACGAGCCCCUGCGUGUGGGGAGAAGUGAAGGGGUCAAAGCCCCGUGUAAUGAGGGGGAUCUGACUGUGUACAGCAAAGGUACCGUGGUGGGUGUGAGCCCUGAAAUAGCGAGGGCUGAGUAUGUGGGCUUCUUUCUGAUCCCCUUUGAGGAACUCAUCCCCGGUCCAGCCAGAAGGCCGAUGAGCUACAGAAAAGAUCUCCCAACUCUGCUGUCCUCCUGUGCUCAGUACACCUUCCUUACAUGCAGGCUGUGCCCUGCCCCCUCCCUCCCCCGCACCCUCCAAAGUUCCCUUCAGUUAAUCGUGCCUCUGGUAUCUCAGGUCUCUUUUGUCCCUUGUGAUUUGUUAAUUUCUUGUCCUAGCAAUUAGCCUUAUUCCCUUUUCUCCCAAUCGCAACAGAUUCCUCUUCUUCCUCCUGACUGAGCUGUGUCUGGACAGCGAAGGAGUCUGCAUGGCUAUAGCACCACCUCCAUUCCUUCUGGCUCGGGAAAUGGAUUUCCAGGUGUCAGCUCAUUGGGUUACUGGAAAUUUCAGCUGUGUUGUUCCCUCUGAUGUUUCUCUUCCCAGGUAACUGGAAAGGAUGUCGGAGGGGAGUUCUGGCAACGACCCUGGAAACCCAGGCAGCCUCCGGCCUGGACUCACUGGGGCACCGGGGGCGUGAAUAGGGAGGAGACCUGCCACCCCCAUUACCCCUGGGCGCCUACCCUCUAUCCGUUCCCGAGACCUUACCCUUGGAGGAGUAAAAAAGAAAACUUUCACCCCCAACAUAAUUAGCAGGAAGAUCAAAGAAGAGCCAAAAGAGGAUAGCUCCAUCAAGAAAGAGAAGAAAGAGAGAGAUCGGGAUCGGCAGCGAGAUGGCCAUGGGCGAGGCAGAGGAGGGCCGGAGAUCAUUCAAUCCCACUCCAUCUUUGAGCAAGGCCCAGCAGAAAUGAUGAAAGGAAGGGGCACCUGGGAUAAGACUGUGGACAUGUCAGACUUUGGACCUUCCCACAUUAUCAACAUAAAGAAAGAGAAGAGGGAGACGGACGAGGAGACCAAGCAGAUCCUGCGUAUGCUGGAAAAGGAUGAUUUCCUUGAUGACCCACGCUUGAGAAAUGACAUCCGGAACAAACCAGUUCAGCUGCCCCUGGCCCACUCAGGCUGGCUGUUCAAGGAGGAGGGCGAAGACCAGGAAGAUGUGAAGCCUUUCGCCACCAGCACCAAGGAAGAGAUGAUGGAAGUGGAUUUGCCUUCAGUGAAAGAGGAGCCCCGCGAUGAGGAGGACUCAAAGGAGCCACCGGCGGUUGCCAAGCCAUCUCAGACAAAGGCACCUCCCGGCUACCCACAAGACAUCUGCGUGGCAGAGUUGCUGCAGAGUCUGAGCCUGACCAAAGAAGAGGAGCUGGUCUUCCUGCAGCUGCCGGACACGCUCCCUGGGCAGCCGCCCACGCAGGACACCAAGCCCAUCAAAACAGAGGUGCAGAAUGAGGAGGGACAGAUGGUGAUGGUGAAGCAGGAGAAGAACCAGGAGGCCAAGCAGGCUGAGAACAUCUGCACCCUGGGGGACCUGCCAGAAGGGCAGGUGGGGAAGCUGCUGAUCCGCAAAUCGGGAAAGGUGCAGCUGGUUCUGGGCAAAGUGACUCUGGACGUGACCAUGGGGACCCCCUGCUCCUUUUUGCAGGAGCUGGUAUCUGUGGGCAUUGGAGACAGCAGGACUGGAGAGAUGAUCAUCCUGGGACACGUGAAGCACAAGCUGGUGUGUUCCCCAGACUUUGAGUCCCUGCUGGAACACAGGCAUCGAUAAGAGAAAGGAAAGAAGGGGUGGAGUUCUCUGUGGGAUUCGCCUCUCCUUGGUGGAGAUUCAGCUCAGAGGUUGGCAGCUCCUCUCGUCGGCCUGGGACGUCCAUCCCAGUUCAGGUUUUGUUCUGGCUACAGGAAGCAGGUGCAUGUCAGAGGAGGGUUUCUCACUGGGGCCGUGCAAUGCCCUCUGUGCCACUAUGCUGCCUAGAGGCAUCUUGCUCUUAGAAGCCUCCCAUCCAUGUUCUUUGCUGACUGUGCUCAGAGCGAGGGGAGUUGGGAGGGCUCCUCCCCUCCAGCUGUAGCUAUAAACAAGAAUUACAGGAGACAAAUGCACUUCUGUCCGCACUGGCACAAGUAUACGUAUGUUCCCACUCUGUGUAUAUAGAAAAGCUACAGUGACUCUAGCCUCUGCCUGUGGACCUAGCACUGGACUUGAGACAACGGGUUCGGGUUUCAAGCAUGGGUGGGGUGUGCCAUAGCCUUUUGCUACCAGUGAGGGAGAUUUCCUUCCCCACUUCUGACUGUAUAUGAACCUGCGGCAUCUUACCAUGUCCACCUGCCUUGCAUUGGCAGAGUCUCUGCAUCCAGCCACCACCAUUGGGCUGAAGGAGGACUGGUCCAGGAGGCAUGGCAAAGCAACUCAAGCUGCUUCCUUCUGCUCCCUGAGGUUGAGUGAGCUGCCUCUGCCUCUUUCACCCUCCCAAGCCCUGCUAGGAAAAGCCCGGAAGCCAAGCCCAGGGCCCCAUCUUGGAGACUGUUAAACUUUUACCAGUGGUUUCUGUUUGACCAGAGAUAUAAAGUGAGCUGUUCCUAUCGGGUCUCUGAUCUGCCUGUCAACAUCCAGGCUGAAAUUCUGCCUCCUUAGCUGUAGCAGCCUAUAUGUGUCUAUAGGAUGUUCACACUGCAGUUAGACACCCUCGGCUGGCCCAUGCCAGUUGACUCAGGCUCUGUCUAAAGGGUUGUUUAA